AUGCCAAUAAUAAAAACUAUUGUGAAAAAACUUGAACGUCGAAUUUUUAAUCACAUUAUAGUGUAUGUGCUGUUGUAUUACUAUGCCAUCGAGAGGAGCAACGCAUCUGAAAUGCCACACGAGUGCGCUUACCGCAGCUCCGAAACGGAAACGUCGGAAAAUGCGGUUUUGUUCUGCAAAAUUCGAACUAUAAGCAGCCUGGAUAAUUUACUACAAAACAUCAGCCGGACAUAUCUCGACGAUGUAACGUCCUUACAUGUCCAGUGCAGUGAAAUACUAUUCUUUGAGAGCACACUCGCAGCGCACACGGACAAGGCGUCUGGGAAAAAUUCAAAUCUUGGAAAGCUUCGAAACCUUUUUGUAGAUAAGUGUAAGAUACGUCAGAUUCCGGCGCGGGCUUUCGAUAAUUUCAAGGAUCUGAAACGGCUACACGUGACAACACAGAACAGUGAAUGGUCUGCGAUGACUAUGGAGUUACAUGAACAGGCAUUCAUUGGUUUAAGUGAGUUAAUUGAAUUAGAUUUAAGUGACAAUAACAUUUGGUGCACAAAACCUGAUACAUUCUGUUCCUUAUACAGUUUAAAAACAUUAAAUUUUAGUAAUAAUCACAUUCAAAAUAUUAAAACUCUCGGCUUUUCAGACUCCUUACGUGAACUAAAUUUAAGUGUAAAAAGUUGUAAUUUAGUUUUAGAAACGCUGGAUAUGUCUUUUAAUGAUUUGAUUGUUGUACCAGAUUAUAGCUUAUCAAAGCUGAGAUCUUUAUCAAAAUUGUUUCUUCAAAAUAAUGCUAUAUCUUCUAUAGACGGCGGUGCACUUCAAGGUCUUAUUAAUUUAGAAGUAAUCAAUUUAUCCAAUAACUUUCUUAAUAUAAUUCCCUUGGACAUUUUUCUAGACACAAAGUUUUUAAAAGAGAUUAAUUUGAGUAACAACACUAUAAAUUCCUUACAACCGGGUUUGUUUGGGGGAAUGGAACAGCUCCAAACAUUAGAUUUGUCUCGUAACGAUUUAACUAGUCAGUGGAUCAGUAAGGGUAUAUUUGUAGGGUUAUUACGUAUGGUUAUAUUAAAUAUAUCAUAUAAUAGGUUGACACGAGUAGAUCGUUAUACGUUUCAGGAUUUGUAUAGUUUACAGAAAUUGAAUUUGGAACAUAAUGAGAUAAUAUCCAUCGACGAGCACGCUUUUGAAGAGCUGCGUAAUUUGCAUUCCCUCACAUUGUCACACAAUAAACUCAUUCACAUACACACACAUUUAUUUACAGAUUUACAUGUAUUACACGAAAUAUUUUUGGAUAAUAACAGAAUUAGACAUAUUGAUGAGAAUGCGUUCGACAAUAUAACAACUAUAGAAGAUUUGGGCUUAAACGAUAACAUGCUAUCAUCAAUUCCAACUUCGAUUCGUAAACUUCGGUCUUUGAGGUCUUUAGAUAUUGGCAAUAACAAUAUAACACAUUUGAACAGAGAGAACUUUCACGGGCUGACAGAACUUUUUGGCUUACGUCUUGUUGAUAAUAAAGUGACGAGUCUAAAUGAAAAUACUUUUGAACAUUUGCCGCAGCUACAGGUACUUAAUUUAGCCUCAAACAAAAUCAAGUACGUGGCUCAAGGCUGUUUUCGUAAUAACGUCAACUUAAAAUUAUUGCGCAUGGACGGCAACGACAUUUCCGAGAUAGAUGGAAUUUUUAAUACAUUAAAUAGCUUGGUGUGGCUCAAUAUUUCAGCGAAUAAAAUAUCUUCCUUUGAGUUUUCAACUUUUCCAAAUACUCUUGAAUGGUUAGACCUACACAUGAAUACUAUAACUGAUUUCGUAAACAAUGAUAUGUUCUCUACUACGAAUAUAAAAUUGUUAGAUUUAAGUUACAAUAAUAUAAGCCAAAUAACGUCUACAUCAAUACCAAAAACCGUGGAAAAACUUUACUUGAACGAUAAUAAUAUUCAUCACAUUGAAAUAGGUUCCUUUUCAAAGCUACAAAAACUGUCAACAGUGACAUUAAAUAACAACAAACUUGUACAAUUCGACAUGAACGCUUUCAGGUUAGAUCAAAUAGAUGAAGAUAGUGACUUGCCCGAGUUCUUUAUAAGCGGAAACCCAUUUGUUUGUGACUGUUCAAUGGAAUGGAUUCAGCGCAUCAAUUAUUUGAGUCACAAUCGACAAUACCCACGUGUGUUGGAUCUUGAUAAAGCCUUUUGUUCAUUGGUACAUUCGCGAGCAAAAGAAAAAAAGGUGAUUAUUGAUAUGUCACCAUCGGACUUUCUCUGUCCGUAUGAAAGUCAUUGUUUUGCCCUAUGCCAUUGUUGUGACUUUGUAGCUUGUGAUUGUGAAAUGAUUUGUCCAAACAACUGUAAAUGCUAUCACGACAUCACGUGGAAUGCUAACGUGGUCGAUUGCUCUAAUGCUGGGUACACUCAAGUACCGGACAGAAUACCAAUGGAUGCCACAGAAAUAUAUCUUGAUGGCAAUAAUAUACAUAAUUUGAGAAACCACGCUUUUAUCGGUAAAAAGAAACUUCAAGUUUUAUAUUUAAAUAACACCGAGUUAAAAGAUGUAAAUAACCAAACAUUUAAAGGUAUAGACUCCUUAAGAGUUUUGCAUUUAGAGAACAAUAAAUUAGUAGAGUUAAAAGGGGACGAGUUUGUGCAUUUAAAUAAUUUAAAUGAGCUGUAUUUGGACCACAACGCUAUCGAGCACGUAGCCAGUAAUACAUUUUCUUCGUUAAAAUCUCUGUCGGUACUUAAAAUUGAUGAUAAUAAACUAAUUAACUUUUUCCCUUGGAAGUUAUUAGCUUCGUCGUCUAAAGGAAUUGCUCACGUUUCUAUCGAAGGUAACCGUUAUUCAUGUGAUUGCAAAAGUAUCGCUGAGUUGGACUCAUGGCUACGAAAGGACCCUGGAGAUCCUGAAAAAAUGUUGUGUACAGAUAGCAAAGGCCAACCCACAAAGAUAACAAUCGCCUCAGUUCUAAGCCAUUGUAAGGAAUAUAUGGGUUCGUUAGGUGACUCUAGUAUUUUAAAGGAUGAAAUAGUCUCAAAAUCCAUAUUCCUCCCUGAUAGUUAUUUCGCCAUUGCCAGCGGAAUAAUAAUUGUAAUUGUGUUAAUUUCGUUAAUUGGCGCAAUUUUUUACGCAUUUAGAUACGACGUAAGUGAUUGGCUAUACACUAAUUAUGGCGUGCCACUUUUCAAGGAGCAGACGUGCCCUAAUGUCGAACAUAUAUUAGAAGGAAACUCCCAUAUGUACGAAUAUUAUGUGAUAUGUAAUACCAAAGAUACUAGUUUUGUACACAAUAACAUUAUGGCGGAAAUAGAAUUUAGAAAGAUGUCAGCCAAAAAACUGUUAAUGAAUGAGUCCACGUUGAACAUUUUGACCUUAGAUAGUUUCUCUAAAUGCACAAAAUUAUCUAAACGCCUCCUAAUCGUUUUGACUACACAUUUCAUUUGCAACGAUCUAUGUGAUAUUCAUUUCAAAAAUAUGUUCUAUAGUUACUUAAAAUCACUGAACCGAAGCGAAAUAAACAAAAUUAUAUUUAUAAAAAUAGUUGAUAACAAUCAAAUCAACGACGAGUUGGGUUUUGUGUUGGAUAAAUUUAAGAAUAUAUCGUGGAGCGAUCCACGUUUUUGGGAUAAAUUUGUGGCUUUACUCAAUUCAACUGAUACUAUUAUAACCGUAAAAGGUUCCGAGAAAAGCGUAUUUAAGAAGUCAUUACGGAAGACCCCAACGUUGAGAUACACUACAAUGCCCGUCUCAAACGAUAGUUGCUCAAAGCAGAAUUUCACGAAUUCUUUACAAUUCUCUAAGAGGCAUGAUGACUCCUCCUCACAUAAUGAAAGUUCUCCUUCAUCUGACAUGUACGGGGAAGGGAACAAUUCGAACAAUAGUUACAUGUCGAUCGACAGGACAUGUUCUCGGUUUAAUUAUGACCUUAGGAAAUCCCCUAGUAGCGGUCAUGUCUAUUCAAGAGUGGAGGAUAUUUCCCCCACCAUACCCCGCUCAAUUACAGGCAAUUCAGCAAAAGGCCGCACUUACUUCGUUUGA